UUGAGUUCAGAGUUUCACACCAAAAUCCCAAUUUCAAUUCCCCUUCUUCUCUCUAGGGUUUUCGCCGACUCCGACGCCUCCUUCUCACUCCGUCUCCGCCUUCCAUCUGCCGAGCACUCUCGCCGGAAUCUUGCCAAGGUACAUCCCUCUCUCAAUCCCCGCCUCCGUCUCUAUAGUUCGUUCCGCCAUGAAUGACCAUAAAAUUGCUGCAAUUGAAUUGAAAUCUGAGGCAGGAUUGGAUUAUUUCCCUCAAGAAAUCAUCUCCAAUAUCCUAAUUAGAUUACCUAUUAAGUCUUUGAUCAAAUGCACCUCCGUCUGCAAGUCUUGGAAAUCUUUGAUCCAAAACCCUAGCUUUAUUGAUGCACAUCUUAGCCACACAGUCAGUUGUAAUAACCAGAAUGGCACUCACCUCCUACUAGUCCACAGUGUUUGUAGUAAAAGAUUUUGUAGCUUAUUCAACAGAGAUUUCGUUAGAGGUGAAAAGGAAGACCUUUACUCUUUGUAUUAUGAUAACCAUGGAUUUGAUGAGUACUGCAAGAUUGAAUUGCCUAGUGAUCUUGAGGAAAUUAUGCUCAGUUCGUGUUUCCGUGUGGUCGGUACUUGUAAUGGACUAGUAUGCCUUGUGGAUGGAUUAGGGUGUCAUGGUUGCAACUUGAUCAUAUGGAAUCCUUGUGUAAGAAAGUUUGUAAAACUUCCUGAAUCUGCUGUGCUGCGCGGUGGGUGUGAAGCCUCUGUUGGCUUUGGUUAUGAUGCCACAAGCAAUGACUAUAAGGUUGUGAGACUUGUCACACUUUCGGAUCAAUAUCAGAAUUUCCAUGAGUGGCCAACUCUAUUUCAGGUUUAUUCACUGGCCACAGGCUCGUGGAGCAGGCUUCGUUCUGAUCUUCCUCCGUGUCAAAUGUUUUCCUCCCCAGCCCAGGCUUUUGUAAAUGGGGCACUUCACUGGUCUGCAAUCCGCCAGAAAAAUGAGGCUUUCAACUAUUUUGUUCUGGUUUUUGAUGUGGGCAGUGAGUUGUUUCGAGAGAUAAUGUUUCCCAAGAGUCUGAAAUGGGAUCCGUCGUUGGCAUUGCGAAUAUCUGUUUCUGGAGAUGGGAAAUCCAUUGCUGUCUUCACUGAUUGGCGCAAGAGUCAUACCGAUUAUUUUCUUGAUAUAUGGGUACUGAAAGAGUACUGCAUGGAGAAUUCGUGGACCAAAUUGAUGAUUCUCAGUGCAGAAGUUCCACAACGAAAUUUACCCAAGGCAAUGUGUUUCAGGAAGAUAGGUGAAGUGUUGGUACUUGAAGAUACCUAUGAACUAGUUUCACUUGACAUUAUGAGCAGAAAAGUUAAAACUCUUGGGGUUUAUGGAGUUUAGUAGUUGGUUCUGUACUUAGCUUCUGGUUGUUUUGUUGUCAAGUUAAUGUUGGUAAUGUUUCUCUCUUUCUCUUUUUUCUCAUUUUCUUGUCUUAAAUUAUUGCCUUUCCUGCUUGUGAUGUCUCAUAAGACAAGUUCCUUACCAAAUUUUACUCAGCUUUGGUGUAAAGUUAAUUUGGAAAACAAGAAGUCUAAAACAAAAUAAUAAGUUUCAUUCACUGAUGAUUGAUGUUUGGAAAACAAGGCUUUAGAAACAAAAUAGUAAUAAACAAAGAUAUAUUGCUCCUUGUAUACGCUGGUGUGACCUUAAACAGGGGACUGUGCAACUCUUUCUGCUAGUAUGCUAGUGCGAUUGUGUAAUUGAUAUAACAUGUUUUAAUUAGCUGUUGUAAUAGAAGCAUAGACCUGUUCACUACUUCAUACAAUUGAUGCUAGUUAAGCUACUUUCCAAUUUAGAUUUAUUUAUACAAUAGUUCCUUUUCACUUUAGAUUUCUUUAUGCGAAGAAUGAAGAGGAAGUUGCAUGCACAACCCGGAGAUGGUAAUAGGAACAUUUUUCAUGACUACUGAUAUCAACUAAUAAUACUUUACAUUGACUGACAUAUUGGGUUUUUUUAUUUUAUUUGUUUAACCUUUUCUUCUGUUAUAAAUGUUUAACAUACUAACAUGCUUUGUUAAAGUUAUGAGACAAAUGACUGGUAGAUAGUUGAAACAUAAACAAAGUAGAUCAUUAUAUGAUGUUAUGAUGUAAAAUGGGGGAUGAUGCCAUAUACAGAUUACAUUCUGUGCUGCUACUCAGGUGUACUUCUGACAUAAAUUAUCAUGUUCUUAGCAGUUUGAUUGCUUCUUUUUUUUAGAUGAAUAGGCAUCAUAACAUAACCUGGUAUAUGAACUGAUAAAGGGAUACCUCAAAAACUACCAAUGUGGGAACUGGAAGCAGGACAAACUAAUUAUUGUAACUUGUAACUCUCUAAUGCAAUAUUGGAAACAGGAAAUAUAUGUUUUGUUUUGUAAUAUUUAGAAUGCAUCUCCAUGGUUUUAUUGUUGUUGAAGUAUCUCCACGUCACAUGCCUUGGAAAUCUUUAGGAAAUUUCCAGGAAUUCAUUUUACUUGACCUUGUGAACAAACAGUUCAAAAUUCUUGGGAGUUGUUUGGAGGUCAGGUAUGCUCUGUUGACUCUUAUUAAGAGAGCAUUGUACGUCUUGCAGAACAAAAAACAUGCAGCUUGUUACUGAGGGCAAGAAUAGGUAUGGUCAUAUGCAUAGCACUUGCUAUCUCUGUUUUAUGUUCUCUUCUAGAGUUCUGGUUCAAAUGCAGAUGCGGUUAAUUUAUGUGACUUUAUUACCAUUCCAUUUUAGCACAGCCACAGAGUUUGAUAUUAUUUAUGCUGAUUGCUUUAGUACCUUGUUUGCCUUGCAAGUAGUUUGUUCUUUGCAUGCUCGGUGUUUUUCUGUCAACUAGCUGUUAGUAUUAUAUUACAAGAUUUCCUGUAUUAGUGAUUUUCUUUCUUGCCUUUAUAAUUAACAACGUUACGAGGGAAAUUUUAUCUAAGAAAGCAAAAACGAAAAGAACAAUAAGAGACGGUGGAGGGUGGGGGGAAACCCUGAAGCGAAAAAUCCUGAAUGAAUCAAUAAAAAGAAACUGGCGAAAAGCCAAAUGGGGAAAAAACAUUCAUGGAAAUUUCUCAAAAUUUUCCUAUAACUCUUGAUGCUACUAUAGUUCAAUUAAAUAUGUUUUUAUUUUCUGUUGCAGUGGAAGUACAGAACUGUACAGUAGAUCAUGAAAUGGAAAAUUUUCAAAUUUUGCGUUGAUUUAUACAAUAGAGUUAUCCAAUUAAACCUUCUUGAUGCGAAGCAUGAAGCAGAAGUUUAAUUUGCAUUCCCACAGAAGUAAUAGUGAAAUUUUUUUAACUACUGAUGUCAACUAUAUAAUAGUUUGUACUGACUAAAAUAGUGCUUUUCCUUCUUUCUUUUCUUUGUUUGAUUAACUUCAUCCUUCGCUUGCUUUUUGUGACGUGAUUGCUAAAUUUUGACAUUGCAACAAAGUGUUUUUUUUAAAUGCUCAUUUAGUUUCAUAGCCAAGUGCUGCAUAUUCAGGAUGUGGCAUGAUGGUAAUUUCAUCCUUUCCCAAGCAGGUUAAUUUUUUUUUUUUUUUUUGGUGAACUCCCAAGCAGGUUAAAUUGAUCACAUUAUGUGCCAGUUUAUGAUGGCUAAUUAAUUGCUACUUUAAAUAUUAUUAUGGCCACAAAGCUUCAUUUCUUAUUUUCAAUUUCAAUAGCCAUCAUCCUAAUAUAAGCUGAUGAAAUAUGGGAAACUGAAAUUAUGACAAAGUAAGGGCUAUAACUUAUAAAUCUAACUUCAUGCAGAAGUCUUUAUUUAUUAAUAUUUAGACUACUUCCAUGUUGCAUUACAUGCCUCUAAUAUCUAGCAGUAUUGGCUUUUUA